AUGGUUCUCCGAAUUCGCCUGGCGCGCUUUGGCAACAAGCACACGCCGUUCUACAACAUUGUGGUCGCACAAGCUCGAUCUGCCCGAGGUGCGAAACCACUCGAAGUUAUUGGCACAUACAACCCCAUCCCCAAGCGGCCCACGAAUCUGUACGACGAGAAUGCGCAAGCUCGUCCUUAUAAGGAGGUUGCGCUGGACCGAGCACGCGCUCAGUACUGGCUCGGUGUCGGCGCCCAGCCCAGUGAUCCUGUUUGGAAGCUGAUGACCAUGGCUGGUCUCGUCGAACCGAAGCCCACCACUUUCCACAGGGCGUGA